AUGGAAGGAGAGACACCCACUUCAGACUGUUCUCAUCUCAUUGACCACAGCCAUGUCCAGGAGUUUGAGGUGGCUCUGUGGGUCAAGAUCACCUUGGCCUUAAUUUAUGUCUGCAUCUUUGUUGCGGGCCUCUUGGGCAACAGCAUCACCAUCAAAGUCACCAGGAUCCUGCAGAGGAAAGGCUACCUGCAGAAGGAGGUCACUGACCACAUGGUGAGCCUGGCCUGCUCUGACCUGCUGGUCAUCCUGCUGGGCAUGCCCGUGGAAUUCUACAGUGCCAUCUGGAGCCCCUUUUCCACCCCCAAUGGCAACAUUGCCUGCAAGCUCUACUACUUCCUCUUUGAAGCCUGCAGCUAUGCCACCGUGCUGCACGUGGCCACGCUCAGCUUUGAGAGGUACGUGGCCAUCUGCCACCCCUUCAAGUUCAAGGCUGUGUCGGGACCCCGCACGGUGAAGCUGCUCAUUGCCUUUGUCUGGGGCACAUCUGUCAUCGUGGCUCUGCCCCUGCUCUUUGCCAUGGGCACAGAAUAUCCCCUGGAGAUCAUCGAGGGCUACCAAAGAACGAGCUCCUGUGUCAAACCUACUCCCAGGCACUACAUUCCCGAGCUGAAGCAUAACAUGACCAUCUGCACCAGCCUCUCCACCAAGUGGUCUCUGUUUCAAGCCAGCGUCUUCAGCGCCUUUGCUGUGUACAUCAUCGUGCUGGGGUCUGUUGCCUUCAUGUGCCACAGCAUGAUGAAAGCCCUGAUGAUCCACAAGGCAGGAAAUGUGGCAGUGAAGGGUGGACAAAGGCACCGGGAUCAGUACCUAAGGAAAAAUGAAAGUUCAGAGGGCAAGAGCUCCAGGAGACAGAUCACUUUAUUCCUGGGACUGAUCGUUGUGACGCUGGCAGUUUGCUGGAUGCCAAACCAGGUCAGAAGGAUCAUGGCUGCUGCUAAACCCAAGCAGGACUGGACCAUCCCCUACUUCAGAGCCUACAUCACCCUCCUUCCCAUCGCCGACAUCUUCUUCUACCUCAGCUCUGUGGUGAACCCUCUGCUGUACAACAUCUCCUCCCGGCAGUUCCGCAGCGUGUUCCUGCAGGUCCUGUGCUGCCGCCUCACCCUCCAGCAUGCCAACAGGGAGAGGUUCCUCAGGGCCAACCAGAGCUCCGGGGCGCGCAGCAGCCGCUCCCUGCGCCCGCUGCUCUUCAUGUCCUCCAGGCGCAGCUCUUCCACCAAGGGCAACGCCAAAGUUUUCCUGAGCACCUUCCAGGGGGAGCCCACGGCCGGCUGCAGCCCACGGGAGCCGGGUCCUGCAUCACCAGAUCCCAGCCUGGAAGCGGUGCCCCUGGAGGCUGGCUCAGAGCCCGGCCAGGGCGCACAGAACGGCCUUUGUGAACACCAAGUAUGA